GUGAAGGAAAUGUGGAUGCAAUUUUGAGAAAUGGGAUGUUCUCACGGAGUGUUUAAACUGCUGUCCUUUAACGGGGCGUUUUCUACUGGUCCGUGAGCUGGUCCUGGAUCAGAUGCCUGGAUUUGAGUUCAGCGGUUCGGAGCCUGUAUGCUAACCAGCUAGACUCACCGCGACAGCUGCUUUACGGCAGCUGAUCGGUGUUGGAGAGGAAGCGGAAGAGAGAGAACUAACUGCGCAUCGGAAAAUCAAAGAGGCGCUGAGUGAUCGACAUCGAUUAAUAAUAAAUAUCAGGAACAUAUCUGAUUAGGCAGAGGGGAGAUGAGCCGCGCAGGCGCAGAAUUGAGGAUUAUCUUCAGCCCGGGCCGUGUGCAGCUGGUCCAGGACGAGGCUAUGGCCCCAGCUCCGAGGGUCCUGGUUACAGGUGCAACUGGUCUUCUGGGUCGAGCUGUCUGCAGAGAGUUUCAGAAUAGCGGCUGGUUAGUUAUUGGGACCGGAUAUAGGAGAGCCAGGCCCCGCCUUCUACGCUGUGACCUCACAGACGAGGACGCUGUCAGAGGACUACUGCAUGAGUACAAGCCUGAUGUGAUCAUCCACUGUGCAGCAGAGAGACGUCCAGAUGUUGUAGAGAGACACACUGAAGCAGCUGUAAAUCUCAACGUGCACGCCACGAGCACACUCGCCAAGGAGGCAGCCGUCUGUGGAGCGUUGUUCCUGUACAUCAGCACCGACUACGUGUUUGAUGGAAGGAAUCCUCCGUACGGAGAAGACGAUAGUCCCAAUCCUCUCAACGUCUACGGACGCAGCAAACUGGAGGGAGAGAGAGAGACACUCAGACACUGUCCAGGUGCGGUGGUGCUGCGGGUGCCGGUUCUGUUCGGGGAGGUGGAGUCGGUGUCUGAGAGCGCGGUGACGUCGCUGUGGCUGAAAGUCCAGGAGGGGACGGAGAGCUGCACGCUGGAUCACUGCCAGCAGAGGUUUCCGACCUACACCCGAGACGUGGCCGCUGUUUGCAGGAAGCUGUCAGAGAGGGCGAGACAGGACCCGUCUAUCAGAGGAAUCUUUCACUUCUCGGCUAAAGAGCAGAUGACCAAAUAUGAGAUGGCCGUCGCAAUCGCUCAGGCGUUCAACCUGCCGUCCAACCACCUCAUACCUCUGACAGAGCAGCCGGCAGCGUCGACUCUUCGUCCAGUCAACAGUCAGUUAAACUGUUCUCGUCUGGAGCUGUUGAACCUCAGCAUUGAACCGCAAUCAUUCGCCUCCUCCAUCACUAACUGUCUGUGGCCGUUUACACCUGACAAGCAGUGGAGACAGACUGUCUUCCACUGACACACAGACUGGUAGAGAAAGACAGGUAGACGUUUCCUUCAUCGAUUGUCUUUAAAGGUGUCACAUUUCAGGCUCCGCCUCCUGCAGACUGAUGACAUCGUAAUGCACGAGGUGUGAACCAGUUUGAAGAGUCUUUAACUGGGGAGAGAACCUGUAUUUCUGUACUGCGUAUACCACAAUCGUCUGAGCUGUCUGAUGCAUUCACGUGCACUAAUCAACUUAUACAUUUAUGAGCAUGUGAUGCCAUCAGGUGUUUGGGUAAAUCCAGCACCUGAAGUGAACCAGUAAACACACACUGAAUGUCCACUGCUCACCUGCUGAUUGACAGCUGUCAUAAGUCACCAUCAUUUCUGAGGUGAGCCAAAAGAGGACAGACUGACAAACAAAUGCUGAUGUUCACAUUUAUUGUCAGUGUGAACACAUGAAUGUUCUGACGAGUGGUUAAACCCUGACGUCUGUCAUGAUCAGAUUACUGUUGGGGUGUAAUCUGACUCGCUGUUUGUCGUUCAAUGCAACUGGAGUGAGUCCAGUUCUCGAGACUUUACUGUAAUGUCUGUUUUAGAUGAGUCUUGAUGUGAAUUAUCAUUAAACAACAUUUGUUUUCAGUACUGAUAUUUUUCCAAACAAGUCUGUAAUUAGAGUCAAAGGAACUUUCUUAAAUUCAAAGAAACAGUUUGAAAAAUUGAUUUAGAAGAACUCAGCUGCUGCUUUCAGGAUGGCGUACCAUAUGAACUGAUAAUUAGACUUCUGUGAUUCUGCUGUAGUUGAUGUUGGCUGUUCGUUGAUAUAAAUGACCCUAAAUUCACAUUAAAUGUCUGAAAUAUUCAA